AUUGCAUAAUAAAUGUUGUUUAAAAAUUAAAUGCUCUUUUUUUUAAGUCAGAAUUUACGUGUGGUUUUUAAUAUAUACGCGGGCGAAGCUGCGAGGAAUAGUUAGUAUGUACAUCGUAUAUUAUAUCGUCAACGUUCUAAGUAAUUAAUAUUCAUACCUUGAUGUAUUCUGUUUAUAAAAAUUGAAACAGGUGCGCUUUUACGGCCAUUUAAUAUAAACUUAGGUAACGAAUGGUAUCCUUUUAAAUAUUAUUAAUUCUGUAAGUAGUGUUAUUGUAUUGUCAAGUUUUAUUUAUCAAUAUAAGGAUUUUAGUAAUGGAUAUUGCUCAGGAAAUUGAGAAUUCUGUGAUAUGUCGCCAGCAAGUACUUAGGAAGACAACGGCUUUUGGUGAUUCAAAUAUACAAAAAUUUUACGAAGGUAGUUCGGUUUUAGUGACUGGGGGUUCGGGUUUUAUUGGGAAGUUGGUAAUAGAGAAACUGUUAAGGGCGUGCUCCCCGAAAAAUAUCUACAUAUUAAUUCGUACCAAGAAAAAUAAAAAUGUACAGCAAAGGAUACAAGAAGUUUUCGAAGAUCCCGUUUUCGGAUUGUUGCAUCAAGAGAAACCAAACUUCAUUACCAAGGUAGUUGCAAUAGAAGGAGAUAUCAAUAAGGAGAGACUUGGUAUCAGUGAAAAUGAUUGGAACAUCAUUGCCAACGAGGUGGACAUAAUAUUCCAUAUGGCAGCAAAUAUAAGAUUCGAUACUAGUUUAAAAGACGCCUUGAUAAGUAAUGUUAGAGGGACUAGAGAGACACUAAAUUUGGGCAGAGUAUGCAAGAAACUCCGUGCAUUCGUGUACGUUUCCACUGCUUACUCACAUGCGACGAAUGAUCGUAUCGGACGCAUCGUUCCUGAGCAAUUUCAAAAGCUACAGUUAAAUCCGGAAAUAAUGAUAAAACUGGCAGAAACAUUAUCCAAUGAACAACUCGAAGGAAUGACAACGUUUUUUACAGACGGUUGGCCAAACACCUAUACGUAUACGAAGGCAAUAGCGGAAGAGACUGUACGUACGAUAAAAAGUGACAUGCCUGUUUGCAUAGUUAGACCUGCAAUUGUAAUACCACCGAUAACAGAGCCAGCUCCAGGUUGGAUCGACAUGAAAAGCGUAUACGGACCAAGUGGAAUGUUCUUAGGUGUAGGGAUGGGGCUAACGAAUGUGGUGUUCGCAAGAUUAGAGAACACGAUGAGUUUUGUUCCCGCUCACUUAGUAACAAACGCCAUUAUAGCCGCCGGCUGGGAGACAGGACGUAAGAUAGAUGUGCACGGGAAUUCAAAGAUCUACACAGUCAGUAAUAUAAGGAAUCCUAUAACAUGGGGUGAACUUGGUGUUAUAAUAAAAAGAAACAGACAAGAACUGACAACACCAAGAGCUUUAUGGUGCGCCGGAGUUUUGGAGACGAAUAGCCCUUUUUUGUUCUGGAUAUUAUCUUGGCUAUUUCAUUUUAUUCCUGCAUAUAUUGUAGACGGCAUUUGUUUCUUGAUCAGAAAAGAAAGAAGGUUCGUGAAAUUGUAUAGUAAAAUGUACAAACUACAGCAUGUUUUGAGUUAUUUCACAAGACACGAUUGGCUUUUCGACGACACAAACCUCAAAAAAUUAUUCGAAAACAUGUCAACUACCGAUCAGUUAAUAUUCAACUUUGAUGUGAAGACAAUAAACUGGACAGAGGCCGUCAUUAUAUGGUGGAUUGGAAUACGGAAAUAUAUAAUCAAAGAUGGCCUAAAGGGAACUAAAAAAGGAAAUUUAAAACAAAAUGUGUUUUUAGUAUUAAAUUACUUAUUGGUACUUUUAUAUGCUUAUGUGAUAUUAAAUCUAUUAUGGUAUUGUUUCCUAGCUAUAGGUUAUGUUAUUGGACCAAUUAUAAAAUAUAUUUUAUUGUAGUUUAUGACAGUUUUUUGUUUGUUUAAAUGAAUAUAAACUUUUGUUCUUUUGGGAGGGGAUAGAUAAAACACAAAGCAUUAAUAACAUAACAGAUGUUUAUUAUAUUGAAAUAUUUCGGCUAUUAAAACAUUUGUGAAUUUCAUAUUGUUAUAAUUUA